AUGAACUGGAUCCUAAUCUGUGUCCUAUUCGCCAGCGAUAGUAUUGUUGUGACAAUCGGAAAAGUUCCACCCGUCCAACCCGUGUCCACUGAGGGGCCAGCCGGCUUACUCGGACCACCGAGGCAACUGUCUUUGGUUAUUGCUUGUGAACCUGCCCGUCCCUGUAUCACAGCCACAUGGUUACCACCUUUGCUUGGAAGCCCGGAACAUCCAGGACAGCCGGCAGAAAAACAGAACGUCUGGAACCAAUUGGUUGCGUAUCGUGUUCGCUACUUGAUCGUGGCCGCGAUCGAUCCCAUUCACCAGAGCUCACAAGAAUGGCCACAAAAGGAUUUGCCAUUUUUGCGUAUGGUUGAAAAAAAUAUCACUCGAUUACAAUUUACCACUACAGCCGGGGAACAUCUUUUCGGUGUGGGCUACGAGUUCCGUGUGGCGGCUGUCGGGAAAAAUAUUAUCAGUCCCGAAGUGACCGAACGCAUUCUGAUUCCGGAAGCAGCUCCAUCUGAUGCACCAAUCGAUUUCCGCGUCGCGACUGGAGAUGAGACCAGUGUUCAUCUGACCUGGAAACCGCCGCAUUUUCAAUAUCGUAACGGCAGAAUAACACAAUAUCAAGUCCGAUGUUACGUGCUCGGAGAGGAAGAAAGUACAGAAAAGUUGCGUCGUGUCACCGAGACUGAGCUUAUCAUAGCUGAUCUUGUGUCCGCCACGCAUGCUUGUCUGGCUAUUCACGGCAAAUUCACCGAAAAGUGUACAUAUGUUACUCGUUACUUGACAUCUCACCAGCCAGCUCGCAAAUCCAUGUCUAAGCUACGGGCCGAUCAUAGAGCAAUUGCAAAUAAUGUGAAUAAACCCCCGAGGAGAGGGUGA